GAGCUGCUUUGGUUAUAAAGAGCUAAGGGAGGAAAGAGAGGCAGCAUUUCAGCCCGCAGCUGGGUCUUCAGCGCGCUCCGCGAUGGCCGACAGGAAAGUUGAGUCACUGCAUUCCUCCAUAGGGCUCUUGGGCAUUUCCGCAGGGUCUCUCCUGCUGGCGGUGCAUUUCUACAGUGCAUCCAGAGCGUCCUCCCUCAUCCCCAGCACGGCUCUGGGAGUCCUCCUCUUGAUUUUAUCGUCUCUUUUGGCGUACGCAGGAAUUCGGAGAAGCCUAAGAAAUGCCUCCCUGUUCUUGUCCCUCUGCCUGACCAUCUCAGUGUUCUGGUGUGGCUAUGGAGUGGUCUUCAUCCUGGAAGGGCAAGGAGUUUUGAACGACAGUGGUGAUUUCCGCAAUGCCUUGGUGCCUGGCCUGGUCACAUUUACCUUGGCACUACUCAUUAUUGCAGUGGUGGGCGUCCUGUGCAGAGAGGUCAUCCUGGCUCUGAUUGCUUCUGCUGUCUCUCUUGCCAGUGCUCAUGAAGUUGCCAUGCAUUACAGCACAGCUUUUGGUUCCUCUGCUGUGGCUUGCAAUUAUAUGGUUGUCUGCUUGGUUGGUGGUUAUUUUGGUCUGGGAAGGAUUCUCUAUUUCCUAACCAAAGAGAAAAUUGCCCUCCCUGGCACAGAUCUGGCCACCAAAAAGACCCACGAACCGAUCCAACCCACUGGUGGCAGCGUGAAUCAUUUUGCAGUCACCGGUAUGAUCCUGAACAUGCUUUCUGCCAGUGUCUUCGGCUGCAGGCUCCUGGGUGUCACUGGCAAACUAUUUAUUGGACAAGUGCCCUGGCUGUGGGCAGCUGGGAUCUACCAGAUCGGCAUCUGCAUUCUGUCGUACCGUACCAUGGAUGCACUAAUGGCCACCUUCUUCGGUUUCACUUCCAUCCUGAAAUUUGCCGGAGGCUAUUGCCUUCUGUACCCCAUCUGGCAACCAGAGGAGCCAUCUUUCCCUACACCAUUCCUGGUGGUUUUCUCAAUCCUUUUUGCUGUCUUGGCUCUUUUUCUCACUUUUAAGAGCCCAGUGGAUGGCCUGUAUCUGCUGUUCUAUGUGGCCUACUGUGUUGCGUUAGCUUGCCGUCCCAAGGGGUUUUUUGAAGGUGGACCCCAAGGCGUGGAUGUGGCCAUCUUCGUGGCCUCCACCUUGAUGGCUCUAAUUCACCUGUACAAUGGGAGAGCAAGUACCAAGAUCCCAACAGGGAAGGGUGCUGUGAAGGCCCUCCUUGCCCGCAGCAGUUUUCUGAAGCUUCGUGAAGGGGCAGACCUUCACGCUCCCUACCUAGGGUAUUCCAAAUAUGCAGACGCAGAAGUGCUUGGCUACGCAUGCAGUGUCCUCGCUUCUUUUGCUAUGACAAUGACAGGGGACCCACAGGCUCCACUUGCCACUGUUGUAAUUCCAUGGGUGGUGGUAGCUGGUGGGAUCCUUAAGCUCUUAGGCGGCUCAGUGGCCUUUGCCCGGGGUAAAACCCUGGAGAGCAGUGCCUUCAUCCUGUACGCUGUCAUGUGGAUCAUCUGGGGCUUGACAAGAUAUGGUGGCCUCUAUGGCACUACCAGAAGCUUCCACGCAGCUGUAGGCAUCAUUGCAUUCAUGCUCUUCAAUGGCUUCAUCGUCUUCUGCACGCUCUUCUUAAACAUCGCCUGGUUCUUCUACACCCUCACUUUCCUGCUCAUCUCUGUCAGCUUCCUGCUGGAUGCCAUCCAUGCCCUUCCAGCUGGCUAUGACAUUGCUGCCACCAUCAUCUUCGGCCUGGUCAGCUUUUACUGCUUCCUCUCUGCCCUUUUCAACAGUGUCUUUGAGGGUUCCUGCUUACCAAUGGGUAGGCCCAUUGUGCAGCUUAGUGGUGUGGGGGGAGGAAUGACCAAGUGCCUUCACCUGCCUGCCAGGAAAGCUUCCUCUGUCAAGAGAAUUGCAGAUAUCCUGAAGAACGGAGGGACUUGCGGCAUCCCCACAGAUACUGUGUACGUGCUUGUGGCAGCCUGUAACCGGCCUGACGCCGUGGAGAAGGCUCACCAGUCCAAGCGCCAGGCUCAGGAUCGCCCCAUGUCACUCUGGAUUUCCAGCCUGAAGCAACUGGAACCUGCAAAGCAUUUGAUCAGUCCCCUCCUCUGGGACUUCAUGGAGGCUGCCUGGCCAUCUCCUAUCAGCUUGGUGGUGCCCAGAGGUGAAUGGGUGGACUUCCUGGGAAUGAAGGACUCUGCUAAAUAUGUCGGUACCCCUCAGAGCGUUGCCAUCCGCAUCCCCGACUGCUCUGUCACCACACACCUCAUUGACUUGGUUGGCCCCAUUGUGGUCACCUCAGCCAACCCAACGGGAGAGGCAGACACAACACACCACAACCAGGUCUAUGCCAAGCUGGGAAAUAAGGUGGAUGCAGUCCUUUGUGAUGGGCCUUCUCCGGAGAACAUUGCCUCCACCGUGGUGGACUGCACCAAAAUCGACAGCGGAAACAUAGGAUUCUUCAGAGUUGGUAUCAUCCCCAAGUCUCAGGUGCUGCAGAUCCUGGAGCAGGUGCAGAAGAAACACACGUCGGUCCCUAAGAGUGGUGCCUGCACCACCAAAGGCCAGGGGGAACAUCUGAAUCACAGCCAGGCCGUGCCCAACGGGGUGAGCACGGUGGCCCCGGCGGUGUCCCCGUCCCCCGAGGGUGGCCGCAGGAACCAGACUCGCCUCUGACUCCCCUGCAGGCCAAGCAGUGGGGGCUCACUGGGAAAUUGUUUGCUGGAAAAAUGACGUGUGGGUCAAACUGGGGAAUGGGAGAGGUUUCCUGGCUGCAGGGGUGACUUACUCAUCUUUCUAUGGAUACUGCUAAAAUACCCCCGGGCAGAGCUGGCUCAACAACCACCGUCACCCAGGAGGAAAAUUGUCACUUAUGGAACCUGCCAGCUCUCACUGAAGACCAGAUGUGACCAAAGAAAGCGUUAUGUUGGUGACAGACUGGCCCUAGAGUAACAGAGCUUUUUUUCCUCCCACUGGGAGUUAAUUCUUUCCAUUUGGGGCACAGGGUAAUGCCAAGCGUUUCAGAAUUAUGUGCUGGGGGGGAAAAACACUGCAUGAAACUUGAAGUGGGAGAGGGAGAAGGGAAGAUGCAUUCGGGUACCGUGCUGGUGGCUACAGUGGACUUUCUAAAACAGGUGAGGCAAAGCUUGGCCUCGGGAGCCGGGGCUGUUUUCUGAUGUGUUUCCUCAAAACAGACGACACAGAACUCAGCGCUAAAAGGAAACACCAUUAUCCCAGAUGCCAUUUUCUGUAUUUCACUGUCCGUGUGAGGGUGGAAUUACCAUUUUGGUGACUACAAUAAUAUCUCCUUAGAAGUGCUGGAGCAUUAGGGAAGACCUUCCCAUCCCGUUUUAUCUUAUGCAGAGUAGGAAUUUCACAUUUGAGGGUGCUAAUCUCUUGCCUUAUAGCAUAACAUACGCAUCUCAUGGCGUCUCAUGAUGUAUGCAGAGUGGUAGCUGCUGACCAGGAGGAGGUGAAAAGACAUUUCAAACCAACACAAGGAGCUUCCCUUGGCAAAGACUUGUGCAGUUACUGGCUCAUUUAGCCUUUGAAAUACUGUUGAUCUUAUUCUUACCUGACUCAGGUGCAAGGUGCUGAUUGGACUCCAGCUGAAACCAAUGCAUUGAAUCAUUGGUUUCACCUGAAGUUCUGCUGGAACUUAAGCAUAAAUGCUGUGCAGGCAGAGGAGCUCAACCUCUGUCAACUCCGGCAAAACCAGGUCUUCUCAGCUUGUUCUUACAAGAACCAGCUCUCUUCCUGCAGAGAAAGAAAAUGCCAGGUAAUCGAGUUUGUUAAAUAAUUUUUCUGGUCUACUUACUGUAUUUCCUUGGAGUUUAUUAAAACUGGUUUUUAGAAAGCAAUAAAAUAUUUUCAAUAAAUCGU